AUGUCCGUCUCAUAUACGAAAAUCCCCCUUCAAGUGCAGGGGGUAAACCUCAAUCUCUCGACAAUCCACAACCUCAAUGACAAGCCCCCAAUCCUCUUCCUGCAUGGCUUCGGUUCAUGCAAAGAGGACCUGGCCGAUAUCAUCCUGCACUCUGCCCUACAACAAUAUGGAUAUAUUGCAUUCGAUGCCCCGGGCUGCGGCCACUCCGACAGCGACAGCCUCUCUGCAACAGAUAUCCCGUUCCUCGUCGCAACAGCAUUAGCAGUCCUUGAUCACUUCAAAAUCACCCAAUUCCAUCUCAUGGGCCAUUCAAUGGGAGGACUCACAGCCCUUCUCCUCGCCCACCAGGAUCCCGACCGAGUCUUGAGUUUCGUCGACAUUAAAGGCAAUCUCGCCCCAGAAGACUGCUUCCUGAGUCGGCAAAUAUUCAGUUUCCCGUCCGAUGACCCGGAGGCCUUCUUGGAUGAGUUCAUUGUCCGCACGCGUGAGACGAAAUCGUUCGGGAGUCCCUUGUAUGCUAGUACUCUGCCGGCAAGGGUGCGGGCUGGUGCGGUGCGUCCGAUAUUCCAGUCUAUGGUGUGGUUAUCUGAUAAUCGGGACUUGCUUUGGAUGUUCCUGGGUUUACCAUGUCCUAAGAUGUUUAUGUAUGGGGAGGAGAAUCAAGAUCUGUCGUAUUUACCACGGCUGGCAAGGGAAGGCGUGGAACUGGCAGAGAUACCAGAGAGUGGCCAUUUUCCCAUGUACUCGAACCCUGUUGAGAUGUGGCGACGCAUUGCAGAGUUUACGAACCAAGCCAAUUAA